CCGUGCAGGGCUGUUCUGGAGACCCCGCGCUGCUUGUACCUCUAUCAUCUCGGUUGUCAUGGAUGAUGAAGAUGGCAGGUGCUUGCUAGAUGUAAUUUGUGACCCACAAGCUCUUAAUGACUUUCUUCAUGGAUCAGAAACGCAGCUGGAUACUGACGACCUUUUGGAUGGCUCAAGUGACCCGUCCAGCUCAUUCUUCUCCAGCACUGGGGAACAUGUUCCUGAAGUCCAACCACCGGCUCAGUUGUCGACAAAUGAGCCAUCUGGGCUUCCUCGGGUCAGUGUUGAUUUGGACUUCUUAGAAGAUGACGACAUCCUUGGUGCCUCACCAGAAGAAGGAGAUAGUGAAAGCAAUGGUGUUGGGUCAAAUCAUGAACCUUGUGAUAUUCUGCAGCAGAGUCUGGCAGAAGCCAAUAUCACAGAGCAGAGCCUUCAAGCAGAGGCUGAGCUUGACCUCAGCUCAUUUGGGCUCACUAGUCUGACACAGGUGGUCCAACCACUGCCUGAGGCUAGUAUGUCUGGGGUGGGCAUUGCAGGAACUACUCAAAUCUUUCCUGGCCAGGGCACCACUACCACACCUUCCAGUACAACCACCGACAUGCUUGGCUCCGUUCUGGCACACCAAGGGAUGCAGCUUCAACCCCAAGUCAUGAACAAAGCCAUUAACGUCCAGCCAUUCAUGCAGCAAGUUGGACUUGGAAACGUGACCCUUCAACCCAUUUCAAGUCUUCAGACGCUACAAAAUGGAAGCCAGUCGGGACAUCUGGGCAUCGGACAGAUUCAAGUUGUGGGCCAAUCCGCUGUAAUGACUAUCAAUUCAUCAGGGCAGCACAUCCUGACCAAAACCAUGGGCAGCUAUCCUCUACAGCAGCCUGCACUUGAUGCCACGAGUACUGGGGCUCAGGCUGGUCUUGGAGGUUCUGUGCUUAGUUCUGGAGGCGGACUGUUGAUUCAGGGAGGCAAGGCCACUCUAGCAUCUCCAGCAUUGAAUGGCCCGGCUAUUUGCGUCAGCAGCACUAACACCAUUAGCAGUGGUACAACAAUGGCUGCACCCAGUGGUAUAGUGGGAUUUGCUCGUGGACCUUUAAAUACAGGGACUCAGCCUCAGACUCAAAACCAAGUCAUGCAGAAUGUCAUUAUCCAGCGAACACCAACUCCAAUACAGCCCAAACCUCCUCAAGGCAGUGCCAUCCAGCCGAAAUCCUUCAAACAGCAGCAGCAACUACAGGCCACACAUACAUUGCAAAAUGAUGCCAGUAAAGCUCUUGGUGUGCAGCAAGUUCCAGUAUCUGCAGCUCAGAACGUAGCCUUCCUCACUGGCAAGCCAAGUUCAAAUGUAGUACUGAGUACACAGACCACCACACAGGCGACGCAAUUCUCACAAGCCCUGUUUAAGCAACAUAGCAAUCCUACAUCGGGCAAACCUCUUAGUGUUCACCUGCUCAAUCAGCAAGGCAGCAUUGUCAUUCCGUCCCAGGCUGUUUUACAAGGGCAGAAUCAUCAGUUCCUCCUGCCUCAGCUUCAGACUGGAGGUCAAAUCCUGGCCCAGCAAACCGGAGGACACAUUAUUACCAGUUCCGGGCCGGGUGGACAAAUUAUUGCUGCCAAUCAAAUCUUGGCAACCAAUCAAAAUAUCAAUCUAGGACAGGUAUUAACCCCUCAAAGUCAUCCUGGUGCUGCCCAUAUACUUUCUGGACCAAUACAGCUUCAACCUGGUCAGAUGGGACACCCUGCCCUGUUCCAGAUGCCCGUUUCCCUAGCCCAGACGCAGAAUCAGGCUCAUUCAGUUACAGGACAUGUUCAAACUGUUAUACAAGGCAUGCCUAUACAGAGUUCCUUGUCGAUAGAGGGGCUCAGCCCAGCUGUCAGUUUGCAGCCGACUCUUCAGCAGCAGGUUGGCGGUGUUACCGGCAACAGCAGCAGUGGAGUAGCAGCCAUUCCACAGUGCCAACCAAGUGAGAGCAUAACUGAACUGGGUACCUCCACUGAGCAACCAGCCCAAACCCAGCCCCAACCCUCUAUCCUUACUGUCCAGACAGGUCCUUCAGUUUCAGCCACUAUGCUGAUUCCCUCCUCUACAUCUCCAUCUUCUACAGUAACUACAUCUACAACUUCCCUCAGCACAAUGGGCUUGGUCUCCCAGGUCCAGCACAGUCCAGGAAAGGUGUUGUUCACUCCUCCAAGCUCAAGCAUUAUCCUUAGCCAGGAGCCCGUGCAGAUGUUCCUGCAGCAGGAUCAUCAGCACCAAGCAGGGAAAGACCCACCUGCCUCUGUGGGUGUGCCUGCGUCUGUUAUCGUCAGCGGUGGCAGCUCUGGUUCCGCCCCUACAGCCCAUGAUGGCCCAUUAACUGAAACUCGCCCAGGGGAGAAUGCGAGCCCUUCCCUUGGCUCUGCUGACAUGGCAGCAUUGGUUAACAAGGUUUCAUCAGCAGCGCAGCAGCAAGCUGUAAAGAUCCAAAGCGCCUCACCUUCUCCGUCCGCGGCCCCUCACAAUGCGACGCCGACUUUAUCGGACAGCCCGCAGCCAUCCCAGGCUUCACCCCUUAUUCAGAUUCAGUCUCCUCACCCUCCACAGUCCCGUCCCCCCUCUCAGCCCCAGGCACAGCCCCCUUCUCAGUCCCAAGCACCUUCUCGAUCAUGCACACCUUCAUCUAUACCUCCCCUCUUUAUAAUACACAAUUCGAUAGGCAGUUCCCCACAGCCGUCUCAGCCAGUUGCUCAAGCUCCGCCGCAGCAGCCCAAGCCAGUUCAGGUGCAGAUUCCGCAGGUUCUUUCUCAGCCUGUGGUCCUCCAGCAGGAACAGCUGCCUGCGUCGUCCUGCUCCCCGAAACCUCCCCAGGUUUCCUCAUCACAGUUACAUUAUGUGACCCCUGCAGUAUGUACCACGGCUGGGGCUGUGUUGAAACAGCAGGUGCCAGGCCUGACUGCUGAACAGCAGCACCAUUUACAGCUGGUUAGUGCACAACUACAGACAAUGUCAUCCAUCACCCAGCUUUCACCACAACAGAAGCAACUCCGGGAAAAGCUCAGCCAGGUUCAGCAAAACAUCCUACUUCAGGCAAAGCAACAACAGCAGCAGCAGCAGCAACAACAACAACUCCAGACUCAGCCUCAGGCCAGUCAGUUUAGCAAAGUGCCUGAGAAACCGCCAGCCUCACUGGUGAACCCCUCAACCAGCAGCGGAGGCAGUGGAUCUGUCACAUCUCUGUUGCAACAGAAGUCUGUCUUCAUCAAGUCAUCAGGUUCAGGUUCAAAUGAUGGCCAGGUAUUUCUUGGACCUUCUGGGCCAAGUGGAGUCACAGUUAAUCAAGGGAAAUCCCCUCUAAAUCUUCCUCAGUCUGUUCAGGCAAAGCCUGGGGUUAUAAGUGCAGUUGGAGGGCUGGCAUUAAGUAAACCAGGACUACAGAUACAAGUUGUGGGCAGUGGACUUCAACAGAUGUCUAACCUUCAGUCUUCAGCUCUGGUUCAAACCCAGACUUCCGCUUUAAAAAGGCCUUUGAGUAUGGAGCCAAGCAAAGAAGCACGGAUACUAGAACAGCUAAGGAAAUUUCAGGCUUCUGUACUGCAUCCAGACUACAGCUCACCUUUCCACUCUUUCGAGGACACACUCUAUCGACUCUUACCCUACCACGUGUACCAGGGCAUGGCUCCCUCCCCUCAAGACUACUGCAAAGUGGACGAUGAGUUUGAAAACGUCUCCAGCCAACUUCUGAAGCGCACACAAGCUAUGCUGGAUAAAUAUCGACACCUGCUGUUUGAAGAAUCGAGGAGGCUGGGUCCUUCUGCAGAGAUGGUCAUGAUUGAUAGGAUGUUUAUUCAAGAGGAGAAGAUUGCCCUGAACCAAGACAGGAUACUAGCCAAGGAGAAGCCAGAGGAGUUUGUGGCCAGCUCGUGUUUGGUGAACAGGAUUGCAGAGAGUGGUGUGAAGCCUGCAGCAGUGGAACUGAGCUCUGUUAAAACUGGGCCUGCAGCAAUGGAAUUGAGCUCUGUUAAAUCUGCUGUAGCAACAGUCCAAGCAGCCAGCGCCCCUGCUCCGGCCUCUACCUCAGUGACCGCUGCUCCCACCGCUAACCCUGCACCUGUUCCCUUUCCCCCCACCAAACUAGUGAUAAAACAAGGAGGAGGUGGAGCUCUGGUAUCGUGGUCCACUAGCUGCACUCCCGUGCCCGCGUCAGUGGUACGGCCUUGCGCAAAAGUCACGGGAUUGAGCUCUGAGCGCAGUUUUGGCCCCAGCUCUUCCUCGACUCAUUCUGCAGACGAUGACGAUGAGGACGAUGAUGCACUUCCUCAGCGGACUAGCAAGCCUCCGAUAAAGACCUAUGAGGCACGUCAGCGCAUCGGUUUGAAGUUAAAGAUUAAGCAAGAGGCAGGGUUCAGCAAAGUGGUUCAUAACACUGCAUUAGAUCCUGUUCAUUUACAGCCACAGCACACUCCACUACCACAAGUCCCUGAUCCGCCCCCUAAAACAAGACUUCCUGUAACCCAACCGUCCGUAGUGCAAAGGACUUCACCGUCAACCAUAAAUUCCUCAGCAUCUGUCACUUUCAGUGCAGUGACCACACAUGCAGGGACGGGAACUACAACUUCUUCAGCUGUGCAGCCCCCUUCAGUCUCUCUUGGCUGGUCAUCGUUGUCCUCGUCCUUAUCCUCUUCCACCUCUUCAGCGCAAGUGAAUGGCACUCCAGAGCACUAUGAGGUGUCUGGGGCCAAACGGGACCCUACCUCCACUUCAGGACCUCAGCCAACCACCUGCCGGCUCCCACUUCGCAAGACAUACCGCAAAAACAUCAGCCCUCAUCACCGACCAGGAGUGCCAGGAGGAGGAGACGUGGGACCUGUUCAGUCAGCAGCACCUGCAUCCUCCCCUCCAGUGGAGAGGACGGUUAUUGCCAGUGUGAAAUUGGAGCAGCAAGGUGUCUGUAAAACCCCUCACACCCACAUUGAUCCAGGGUCACAGGGCUUGGCAUCUGUAGAACAUGAAUUUUACCAUGGAAUUAAAAAUGCAUAUCAACAGCAGCAACAAGGCUCUGAUAAAGAGGAUGAGGAGGAUGGAAAUCCUGGGGACCACAUGGGGAGGGUCAUGGGGCAUAUGAGCAAAAACUGUGAGUGGGCAGUGGGCACAUUUCGGAUGGACCAGCAUGCACCAGGCCCUCCAUCUCUUGGCGAAACAUCCUGGGCGAGAGACUCAUCACUUCCUGCAAAACGAUCCAAAUCGGAUUCCCCAGACAUGGACAAUGCCAGCUUCUCGAGCGGUAGCCCUCCACUGGACAACUCGCUAAACGAACAUCUACAGUGUGCUAUAGAUAGCAUCCUGAAUCUGCAGCAGGGUCCACCGAGCCGCGGAGCAGUGGACAGAGUCUUUGCUGGAAAUUUAACCAACCAGCACCAAACGCACCAUCGUCAGGGCACAGCAUCGUCAUCGACAUCGUCAUACAGACAUACGGUUACUUCCUCUUCCUCUCCAUCCUCCUCUUCCAUUUCACAACACCCGCAGUUAGGCGGCCGAGGACAGAACGGAAAUCUGGUGUCACAAACACACAGUAGAUAACAGCCCCUUUUAGUCAAGAGACACUGAAAGGCAUGAGAGAGGCCAAAGCAGGAAAAUCACUUUACUCUGUUUAGCUGUGUUUGCCUUGCUUGUCUAAGGACGGCUACUGAAUAAUAACAUUCUCUAGGUGUAUCGUAAGCCCCUUUAGGUGUACCUUCAGAAGCAUGAAGUGCACUCUGACAUGCCAAGCUCAUUUUCGUUUGUGUGUGUUUUUUUGUGGGAAGUUUCAGAACAGUUCAUUGUUAUUAGGGCUCACUUAAAUUUUUCACUUCAACUCUUCAUUAGUAAUAACAUAAUGUAAGGAAGGUUAUUUCGGUCCAUUUAAUUUAUGUAUGGCUUUUGAUUAAUUACCAUUACCACUGUAGAAUUCUGCCUUUAUGGUUUGAGGUUAUUCUUUAAUGUUCUUUGCAUUAAAAUGAGGUCAUUGUUCACUGCUUAAACCCUCUUUACAAUGAAAUCACCAGUUAUGAUAACAUAGAAACUGACCCAGCAUAACGCCUUACCUUUAAGAAUUAGUCUUCAUUUGUGUUAUCGCAAAACCUCUGACGUGGCGAGUGCUGAGAUAGAGAAAAGCUUAUUCAUAAAACAAGCACAUGAGCUUUUGACCUUAAAUUUAUACCAUCAACCGGAGCAUAUUUACAGAGAAUACCUGUAAUCUCAGUAUCUUUUUUUUUUUUUUUUUACUUGUAUGCAAAAAUUGUCUCCAUUUCUCCAAGAAAAUUCAGUGACAUGCUAGAGGGUCAAACCAGUCCUACCCAACUCUCUUCCUGAAAAACCACCCUGUGGAAGAUAAUUUUUUGUUUGUUUGUUUUUGGUUUAUUAACAAUUCUUUUGUUCCACUGCUCUUGUAGGGUUUCAUUAGAUAAUCAAAUAAUUCGAUUAAUGGUACUGAUAUCUCCAAGAUCAUGCAGGUAUAAUCGCCCAUAUUCGAGGACCGUUAUAUUUUUUUAUGGGUAUCAGCCGUGAGAACCACAACCACUGUCCAUCAUCCUCAUCCUCGUCACCACCACCAUCAUCAAGCAGAGAAGCCAUCUCCACUAUUCUGAUUAUGUACAACUAUUACUCUAUCACUGACAUUUAAGUGGCUGUAAAGACACCCUCCUAAUUUAUUUAUAUAUUUUAUGUACACAUAAUAUAGACUCCCCCGAAAACCCUCCGGACAAUUCAAAUGCAAACACAGCUUAAUUAUGAGGAAAAAAAGACUAAUCUAAAGGAAAAAAAUAAACUGUAAGAAUUUGAAGUAUAGUACUACAAAUUAAUUUUGUAUUGUAUUUAUUGUGUAUAAUGAUACUUUUUUUUAAAAAGGAAACUGUACAUUUAGUAAAACUGUAAAUUAAACUUCUUUUAUGAAAGAUUCA